GUCGCAGCGGUGUUAGCGGCUUAGUUUAUUGUGGUUGUUAUGUACAGUUCAAAAUAUGUCGAUAAACUAAAUGUACAUACGAUAGACGUUGUCAAACGCUUCAGUAAGGACAAAAUUAAUUGAUAUAUUCAUUUUUCCAUAGAGUAAUUUGACCCUUUCUGCUCUGGGCUAACAAACUGCAGAGUUAAGCCAAGCUGUCAAGUAGCCAGUUUAACACAGCUAACUAGCUAGCAAUAGAUUUUAAACGAGGACAACAAAGAAAACGUCGUAAAUACUGUGCCGUUUGUGAAUAUACUUUGUCUUAAAGUCACAUUAUGAAGUGUAUAGCUCUAUUUUAAUAGUAAGCUACCAGUAGUUUUUGUCGUUUUUUAGAUUAUGUCAGUGAUAUUGAUUGUACUGUAACGUUAGUCCACUGACUCGACAGCCAGGUGGCUAUUUAAUCAAGGAGUUAUUAACGCUGAGAAUCCGAGAUCGUGUUAUCCGAUCAAACAUGGAUAAGAAAUCAUUCGACAUCGUCUUAGACGAAAUCAGGAAGUGCGUGCUAACAGAUCAGCGGAUUAAGGCGAUAGAGCAGGUGCAUGGGUACUUCUCCAGCGAGCAGGUAAUGGACAUGCUGAAGUACUUCUCCUGGGCAGAUCCUCAGAUCAAAGCUGUCAAAGCUCUUCAACAUAAAAUGGUUGCCAUCCCCACUACCAAGGUGGCCAACAUCCUCAACUGUUUUACCUUCUCUAAGGACCGACUGGUGGUUCUGGAACUCAUAGCUCUGAACAUCUCUGAUGCCCAGAACUACCGUCCCGUAGAGGACCUGUUCCGUAUUCACCUGUCUGAGAAGAAACGAGCCCGCAGGAUCCUAGAGCAGGUGUGUAAGGUGGGCUGCAAGGCUCCAGUAGCCAUGAUCUCUUCAUGUGGGAUGAUCCCAGGGAACCCUUACCCUAAAGGCAAGCCCAGCCAGACCACUGGCACCUUCCCUGGAACUCCUGUAAAGAAGGAGGGAGAGGAGACCCCUGCCAACACCGAGGGGAAAGGCAUCGCAGCCCGCAUCAUUGGACCAUUCAAACCAUCUCCGUCGUCCUACAACCCUCAGCGGCCAGUACCCUACCCUAUUCCCCCCUGCAGACCUCACGCCACCAUCGCACCGAGUAGGUACAACAACGCAGGGCUGGUAUCAGUGGGCGGGGUCAUAACGGCCAGCGUUCUCCCCCCACCCUACAGCGCCAGCACCAAGCCCACAGGCUACGCCAGACCUGCCAAUCAACAACAGCACCCUGUCACAGGUGUCAACUCCACAGCCCUCCCAUCUCCCCUCGGCUCCCCCACAGUCCCUCCCGUGCCCUCCCCCUCUCACCCCACUCCCACCACCCCCAUCACCCCUGUGUUCCCUGGUAAGGUCCCCUCCCAGAACCCUCUAGCCCCCUCUCCCUCCCCUGCCCCCUCUCCCUCCGUCAUCAAAGGGGGUCCCCUCCCAUCUGGUUCCCCCCAUCUGCCCCCCACCACCCCCUCCGUCAUUAAGGCCCACACCCCCUCAGCUACCCCCUGUGGCACCCCCGGUCCCCACCACCCAGGGGCGUUCUCCCCCUCUCCCUUCCAUGCUGGUGCCUCUCGGUCAGACACCCCUACCCCAAGGACCCCCCUCCCUGACCCCCUCCCUCAGGGUACCUCCAUGGGUCUUCCGCAGUACAACCCCCAGACAGGCCCUGCCUUCCCUGGCCUGCCCGCAUACCAGACCACCCCGUCUGGGUCGGUGAUCCGCAGCUAUCCUCCCUCCUCCUCCUCGGCCCCCAGCCCCAAGCCCUCCCCAGCCCUGUCCGGCCAGGCCCAAGCAUCCUUCUACAGCGAGCAGCACCGCGGCCCACUGACUAGAACAGGAGGGGGUACAGGCAGUGGCAGUAACAGCCCAGUCCCCUCUGCCUUUAAAGGCCCUUCACGUGCUGGGACUCCCUCCCUCAGCUCUUUGGUGAUGCCUGGCGGAUCAGCGGCCUUAGCCCGCUCCCUGGGUCUGUCCCACCCCUCUUCUUCUCCCCAGGGCUCCCUACCCAGCCCUGCUGCUAUGGCCAGCCUCCAGGCCCUCUCCUCCAGCCCGGCUCCCCCUCACUACCCCGGCCUCUCCCCCUUCCCCUCCUCACUGUCCUCCUCUUCACCCUUCCCUCCAUCCUCCUCCCUGUCCUCCAUGACCCCCACCUCCCACCCCCAGACCUCCAUGGCCUACCCAGGCCUGUCUCACAGCGUAGCCACAAGCGGAGCCUCUCCCUUUGGGAUGGGUCUGACCACCACCCCAUCUAUCUUCCCGGGGCUGGUUCCAGGGCCCAGUCCAGGGGGGUUCUCAGGAUUUGGAGGUUCAGGAGGACCUGGGGCGGGGAGCCCCGUCCUGUCUUCCUUCAUGGGUGCCGGGGUGUCCGUAGCAACCGUAGCCCCUCUCCAUUCGGCGGCCGUGGCAGCAGGAGUUCCGUCCUCCUCUCCCGUUCUACCUGGCUUUGCCUCUGCCUUCAGCUCCAACUUCCAGCCUGGGCUGUCUAGUGGCCUCCAGCCUACAGGUGGCGCUGCGUUUCCUGGACUGUUGUCUUUCCCUGGCAUGCCAGGCUUCUCCCCCUCCCCCAGCCAACUACACAACCCUGCCAUGCAGUCAGCCCUGCUGCAGGCCCACUCUGCGUCUGUAUUGGAGGGUUAUACCACAUACCCCCCUGGACCUGGCAACCCCUUUCAACCUGGCCUACACCCCUCCCAGCUGGGCUGGCAGUGACCAGAACACUCUCUCUCUCACACACAUACACACACACACACACACACACACACACACACACACACACACACACACACAAUAUGUACAUACGCAAAAUACCCUAAACAUUCAUAUACACACUCACACACACACUCUCAGUCGGUGGACUUGGGGUUAACUUGUAUUCCUCAACUCACUACAACCUGCCAAGACUGUGAUAAAGAGAAGAGACUUUGCAUACUUUCUUUCGUCUUAACUUUCACACUCCGUCAAUAUGAACUAAAAUAAGAGGAAGUCGAGAAAGAAAAGAUCUGAGGACCAACUACACCACAGACAUUGAAUUGAAUUGGAAAUGGUUUAUUGAAAGCUUUGUUGUCACUGUAAACAGAGUGGACAAUGAUUUACCCAGAGGAUCGUGACUGAGACAAACUUCCCCACAGAGAGACAGAGAGGGAAAAGGUCUAUUUUAGUUUCAUCUCUCUUUCUGUCAAGAUGAGGUCUAUUGUAGUUAUAUCUGAUGUUCUGUCUGACUGUAGAUCUAUCUGAUGUUCUGUCUGACUGUAGAUCUAUCUGAUGUUCUGUCUGACUGUAGAUCUAUCUGAUGUUCUGUCUGACUGUAGAUCUAUCUGAUGUUCUGUCUGACUGUAGAUCUAUCUGAUGUUCUGUCUGACUGUAGAUCUAUCUGAUGUUCUAUCUGUCUGACUGUAGAUCUAUCUGAUGUUCUGUCUGACUGUAGAUCUAUCUGAUGUUCUGUCUGACUGUAGAUCUAUCUGUCUGACUGUAGAUCUGUCUGACUGUAGAUCUAUCUGUCUGACUGUAGAUCUAUCUGAUGUUAUAUCUGUCUGACUGUAGAUCUAUCUGAUGUUCUAUCUAUCUGACUGUAGAUCUAUCUGAUGUUCUGUCUGACUGUAGAUCUAUCUGAUGUUCUGUCUGACUGUAGAUCUAUCUGAUGUUCUAUCUAUCUGACUGUAGAUCCAUCUGAUGUUAUAUCUGUCUGACUGUUGAUCUAUCUGAUGUUCUGUCUGACUGUAGAUCUAUCUGAUGUUCUGUCUGACUGUAGAUCUAUCUGAUGUUUUGUCUGACUGUAGAUCUAUCUGAUGUUCUGUCUGACUGUAGAUCUAUCUGAUGUUCUGUCUGACUGUAGAUCUAUCUGAUGAUCUAUCUGUCUGACUGUAGAUCUAUCUGAUGUUCUGUCUGACUGUAGAUCUAUCUGUCUGACUGUAGAUCUGUCUGACUGUAGAUCUAUCUGUCUGACUGUAGAUCUAUCUGAUGUUAUAUCUGUCUGACUGUAGAUCUAUCUGAUGUUCUAUCUAUCUGACUGUAGAUCUAUCUGAUGUUCUGUCUGACUGUAGAUCUAUCUGAUGUUCUAUCUGACUGUAGAUCUAUCUGAUGUUCUAUCUAUCUGACUGUAGAUCCAUCUGAUGUUAUAUCUGUCUGACUGUUGAUCUAUCUGAUGUUAUAUCUGUCUGACUGUUGAUCUAUCUGAUGUUCUGUCUGACUGUAGAUCUAUCUGAUGUUUUGUCUGACUGUAGAUCUAUCUGAUGUUCUGUCUGACUGUAGAUCUAUCUGAUGUUCUGUCUGACUGUUGAUCUAUCUGAUGUUCUGUCUGACUGUAGAUCUAUCUGGUGUUCUGUCUGACUGUAGAUCUAUCUGAUGUUCUGUCUGACUGUAGAUCUAUCUGAUGUUCUGUCUGACUGUAGAUCUAUCUGAUGUUCUGUCUGACUGUAGAUCUAUCUGAUGUUCUAUCUGUCUGACUGUAGAUCUAUCUGAUGUUCUGUCUGACUGUAGAUCUAUCUGAUGUUCUGUCUGACUGUAGAUCUAUCUGAUGUUCUAUCUGUCUGACUGUAGAUCUAUCUGAUGUUCUAUCUGUCUGACUGUAGAUCUAUCUGAUGCUCUAUCUGACUGUAAACAGAGUGACAAUGGUUUAUGAUUUUAUACCUGGUGCUGUGUUUCAAAUAGUACCCUAUUCCCUAUGUAGUCCACUAUUAUUAUAUAGUCCCCUAUUCCCUAUGUAGUCCACUAUUAUUAUAUAGUCCCCUAUUCCCUAUGUAGUCCACUAUUAUUAUAUAGUCCCCUAUUCCCUAUGUAUUCCACUAUUAUUAUAUAGUCCCCUAUUCCCUAUGUAGUCCACUAUUGUUAUAUAGUCUCCUAUUCCCUGUAUCGUCCACUAUUAUAUAGUCCCCUAUUCCCUAUGUAGUCCACUAUUAUAUUCCCUAUGUAGUCCACUAUUAUUAUAUAGUCCCCUACUCCCUAUGUAGUCCACUAUUAUUAUAUAGUAGCCUAUUCCCUGUGUAGUCCCCUAUUAUAUAGUCUCCUAUUCCCUGUAUCGUCCACUAUUAUAUAGUCCCCUAUUCCCUAUGUAGUCCACUAUUAUAUAGUAGCCUAUUCCCUAUGUAGUCCACUAUUAUUAUAUAGUCCCCUAUUAUUAUAUAUUCCCCUAUUCCCUAUGUAGUCCACUAUUAUAUAGUCCACUAUUAUUAUAUAGUAGCCUAUUCCCUAUGUAGUCCACUAUUAUUAUAUAGUCCCCUAUUCCCUAUGUAGUCCACUAUUAUUAUAUAGUCCCCUAUUCCCUAUGUAGUCCACUAUUAUUAUAUAGUCCCCUAUUCCAAAUGUAGUCCACUAUUAUUAUAUAGUCCCCUAUUCCAAAUGUAGUCCACUAUUAUUAUAGUCCCCUAUUCCCUAUGUAGUCCACUAUUAUUAUAUAGUCCCCUAUUCCCUAUGUAGUCCACUAUUAUUAUAUAGUCCCCUAUUCCAAAUGUAGUCCACUAUUAUUAUAGUCCCUUAUUCCCUAUGUAGUCCACUAUUAUUAUAUAGUCCACUAUUAUUAUAUAGUCCCCUAUUCCAAAUGUAGUCCACUAUUAUUAUAGUCCCCUAUUCCAAAUGUAGUCCACUAUUAUUAUAUAGUCCACUAUUAUUAUAUAGUCCCUUAUUCCCUAUGUAGUCCACUAUUAUUAUAUAAUCCCUUAUUCCCUAUGUAGUCCACUAUUAUUAUAUAAUCCCUUAUUCCCUAUGUAGUCCACUAUUAUAUAGUCCACUGUAUAGGGACUAGGGUGCCGUUAGGGACUCAGUCUGGGUAUGGUAUUUAACAAUGGCUGCUCCAGGCAUGCUGACUCAUCAGACCUAUACUAGACGUCUUCAUGUGAGGAACAUUAUGCAUUCUGUUUAGAUGAGCAGGAUACCAGGUGAAACAUUGUUUAGAUGACCAGGAUACCAGGUGACACAUUGUGUUUAGAUGAGCAGGAUACCAGGUGAAACAUUGUUUAGAUGACCAGGAUACCAGGUGAAACAUUGUGUUUAGAUGAGCAGGAUACCAGGUGACACAUUAUGUUUAGAUGACCAGGAUACCAGGUGAAACAUUGUUUAGAUGAGCAGGAUACCAGGUGAAACAUUGUUUAGAUGAGCAGGAUACCAGGUGAAACAUUAUGUUUAGAUGACCAGGAUACCAGGUGACACAUUGUGUUUAGAUGAGCAGGAUACCAGGUGAAACAUUGUUUAGAUGACCAGGAUACCAGGUGACACAUUGUGUUUAGAUGAGCAGGAUACCAGGUGACACAUUAUGUUUAGAUGACCAGGAUACCAGGUGAAACAUUGUUUAGAUGAGCAGGAUACCAGGUGAAACAUUGUUUAGAUGACCAGGAUACCAGGUGAAACAUUGUUUAGAUGACCAGGAUACCAGGUGAAACAUUGUGUUUAGAUGACCAGGAUACCAGGUGAAACAUUGUGUUUAGAUGACCAGGAUACCAGGUGAAACAUUGUUUAGAUGACCAGGAUACCAGGUGAAACAUUGUGUUUAGAUGACCAGGAUACCAGGUGAAACAUUUGCCUGAAGACUCAAACUGAAUUCUCCCUCUAUGUUCUCUACAUACUUCAGUCUGAGACUGCCGUCUUUGAAGUAGUUUGUGCUGACAAAACGAUAAUCAAGCGAACAUCAAUGACACGUUUUCAAAACGCUGUUUUACCCACGUGUGUUCUGGCUCUGGGCCCAACCCAUCGGUUUCUGGACCAAUCAGUACAAUUAGAGUGUUUUUCCAUUCUAGAACUUGUCUGAGAGGGAGUCCGACCCAGACGAUGAGUCUGAGUGGCCAGACAACUGGAAAAGGAUACGUGUUCCAUGUGGAUUAAUACAAGUAUACACACACGCUCUCUCACUGGACAGUUUAUUAGGCACACCCAUCUAGUACUGGGUCAGACCCCCGCCCGACCCCACUUUGCCUCCAGAACAGCCUGAAUUCUUUGGGGGAAUUCUACAAGGUGUCGGAGACGUCCCGCAGAGAUGUUGGUCCAUUCUGACAUGAUGGCAGCACGCAGUUUGCUGCAGAUGGGACGGCGACACAUUCAGGCUGCGAACAAACCAAUUCCAUCUCGUCCCGAAGAUGCUCCGUUGGGUUGAGGUCUAGUUAAUAUAAUAAUAAUAAUAAUAUAUGCCAUUUAGCAGACGCUUUUGUGCAUACAUUCUACGUAUGGGUGGUUCCGGGGAUCGAACCCACUACCCUGGCGUUACAAACGCCAUGCUCUACCAACUGAGCUACAGUUCUGCACACCACCGUUGUACUGCGCUGUUAUUUUAACCUGUUUUGUUCGCAUGCACGAUUCUUUCCCUUGUCCUAUAGGACGGGCUGUUUUCACCCACAGGACUGCCGCUGACUGGAUAUUUGUCGAGACGUUUUUCGGUAAACCCUAGACACUGUCGUGCGUGAAAAGCCCGGUUAAGGCGGCCGGCGAUCGUACCACGGUCAAAGGGUCGCUUAAGGUCAAUCGUAUUUGUCCCUUCUAACGUUCAAUGGAACAGUAACUGAAUGCCUGCCUGCCUGCUUUAUAUAACAAGCCACGGUCACGUGACUCACUGUCUGUAGGGGGGAACCUUUUUUUUUUGUGAACGUGGGUGGUGUACCUAAUAAACUGUCCAGUGAGGGUUUACCUCAUCCCAUUAGUGAGUACAGUAAACACAUGUUAUAUAUGUGUGUAUUUUACUCCUGUUAUUCGGUUGACCAGGCUGUGCUGUAAGGUCAAAGGUUGACGUGUGCGGACCAUGCGCAGUGAUGAAGUUUCCCCUAGGUAAAGAUCUAGGGUCAGUCUAGGUUCAGAUCUAGGGUCAGUCUAGGUUCAGAUCUAGGGUCAGUUUCCCCUAGGUAAAGAUCUAGGGUCAGUCUAGGUUCAGAUCUAGGGUCAGUUUCCCCUAGGUAAAGAUCUAGGGUCAGUCUAGGAUCAGUUUCCCCUAGGUACAGAUCUAGGGUCAGUCUAGGUACAGAUCUAGGGUCAGUUUCCCCUAGGUAAAGAUCUAGGUUCAGACCUAGGAUCAGUUUCCCCUAGGUACAGACCUAGGAUCAGUUUCCCCUAGGUACAGACCUAGGAUCAGUUUCCCCUGGGUACAGAUCUUGGGUCAGCUUCCGCUUUCCCAAAACCUGAACCUUAACCAUUAUUGGGGAAAAUGCUGAACUGACCCAAGAUCAGCAUCUAGGGGCAACUUUGCCCUGCUCUGUGAAGCUCCUGUGUUUUAACCCCUGUGCUGUCACAGAGGGUGAUCACUGUGAUUCUCUUGGCACUCUACUGUGUGUGUGUGUGUGUGUGUGUGUGUGUGUGUGUGUGUGUGUGUGUGUGUGUGUGUGUGUGUGUGUGUGUGUGUGUGUGUGUGUGUGUGUGUACAGACAGUAUUCACACUCCCUGACUUUUCCCAAAUGUAGUUGUGUUACAGCCUGAAUUUUUAAAAUGUAUUAAAUGUAGAUGUUGUGUCUCCGGCCUCUACACCACACUACCCCAUAAUGUCAAAGUGGAAUUAUGUUUUUAGACAUUUUUACAAUCUAAUUAAAAAUGUAAAAUCUGAGAUGUCUUGAGUCAAUAAGUAUUCAACUCCUUUGUUAUAAAAUAAAU